GCGUUGCUCGUGUAUUUGAUCUGUAUCUGAUGCGGCUCAGUGCCGCAGGUUGGAUGCGGCGAUGGAUGAGGGGCGUGGCCCAUCCGAUGCGCGUCACCGGGAUACAUAAGACAGGGUCGGACCAUAGAUCUCCAGCACUUUUGAGAAGCCGGGCAGAAAGCAGAGGUGAUGCACAUCUAAACUGGACGUCCUGCUCCUGCUCGAGGUUGACAUUGCACAGCGGCGAGAAGAGUUGCAGUGGAGGAUCAAAAACACUCUACGUAAAAGACAUCUGUGCUGUUCUUCCCUCCGAUCCAUGAUGCGUGACUCCGUCUUCAACUGCUGCGUUUCUCCGCCCCAUCCUCCUACAGGAGUGGAGGAGCCCCACCAACACAGGAGCAGAGCUCAGGCUCCGCCCCCUAACGACAGGCGGUUCCUUAUAUUCUUUGACUUUGACGAGACCCUGGUGGACGAGUGCAGCGACGACUCUAUGGUUACUGUGGCGCCUGGUGGAGUCCUGCCCGGCUGGUUGAAGGACACGUACCGUUCCGGCCGCUAUAAUGAGUACAUGCAGCGUGUACUGGCCUACCUCGCCGAGCAGGGCGUCACCCCGGCGGCUAUUCGAGGCACAGUAGAGAAACUCCCUCCCUGCCCAGGAAUCCCCACUUUGAUGCAUUUCCUGCUCUCCCAGCCUUCGAGGGACUUUGAAGUCAUUUGUGUGUCUGACGCCAACACGGUCUUCAUUGAGACGUGGCUGCAGCACCUGGGCUUCCACCCGCUGUUUCUGCGCAUUUUCACCAACCCAGCUCACUUUGAUGAUAAAGGGCAGCUGCAGCUUCGCCCCUUCCACUCCCACAAGUGCAUGCGAUGCCCGGCAAACAUGUGCAAAGCGGUGGUGGUGAGGCAGUACGUGGCCCAGCGUGUGCGAGAGAGGGGCGGACGGCCGUACCAGAAGGUUUUGUACGUGGGCGAUGGGGCCAAUGACUUUUGUCCGUCACUCACACUGUCUCCGGGCGAUAUAGCAUUCCCACGCCGGGACUUUCCAAUGCACAAACUGAUCCAGGAGAUGGAAGAAGCCAAACCUGGAGAGUUCAAGGCCAGCGUGGUGCCCUGGAACAGCGGAGAGGAUGUGGUCAACACCCUGAGAAAGAUAUUAGAAAGGCCAUAAAUAUAUACAUACAGCUAAAUGAGGCCCUGUGCAAAGAUUUCUAGAGUACAUUUUAACCUUUUUUGAUAUUGUGAAGGCUCUCUUACUAAGAUGCAUUGUUCAUACAGCUGAAGUAAUGCCGCUAUAAACUUUUAAACAUUUAAAUCAGGGCUGUCAAACUAAAUUUAAGUUAAGUUUAGGUGCAACCCUAAUUAAACACACCUGAUGAUUAUCAUUAUUUCAUUAUUGAUUAUGUGUGUUGGUGCAAGAUUGGACCUAAUCUCUGCAGGGCUCCAGCCCUCCAUGAACUGUGUUUGACACCUUUGAUUUAAAUACACUGACACAUCCAUGCGAAAAUGAAUUUAUAAUGUGUGUUUUUAAUUGAGAUAUUUAGAGUUUUUUUAGAGUGUCUAUUCCUAAAUGCAUUAUUGUUAUUAUUAUUAUUAUUAUUAUUAACAUGCUUGGGACCAAUUUCUGUAUUACAUUGUCAUUCACACAUACAUUCAAAUAUUGUGUAUUGUUAUUUUUGUAGUUUUAAAGAUGCAUAUCUGAGAGGUGCUAUGGUGCAUUGGAUAACUUCCAAUGGUUACUAUUUGCCGUUAAAAUACUGUCUGUAUUUAUGUACGUUUGUUUUGUUUUGUUUUGUUUUUUUUAAUAGUAAACUUGAACCCAUCCUCUGCUGGCAGGAUGUGCUGUAGUUUUUAACUUGUGAUUUGAAGAAUUUGAGUCUCCUAUGCAAUGUCUGUGAAUUUUGGAUGUGAGACUAUGGAUCUGAGAUCUCUGAACAUCACCAGCAUGGAUAUAAAGCCAUUUACUCAACACUGUGUAUGUUCUGACCCCUCACCCCAGCACCUGUCACGUAUCUUACAUGGUUUUCAGGAUAUCUAUAGACACAAUGAGAUCAAAUUCCAGAAUUGACUUAAGUCUUGUUGACACUUGAAGCACUUGAAGCCUACAUGUUGUUUUGUAUAAUCAUAAUCUUGACUGUCACACAAAAGGCUUUGGGAAAUACAGUGUUAACUGCUAUAAAACUUAUUAGAUAAAAACUGGAAUAUUUAUUACUCCAGAAUUCAACAGAAUGUUUACUCUUGUGAUUUAGUCCAUUUCUUUGCAAUUUAAAAAGUACUAUUAAUAAUAAUAAUAACAACAAUAACUACUGCUAAAGAGAUGUUCAAUUAGACGCAUUUCUAAAACCCUUGGGGGUUUAUAUAUGUAUAUAUAUGUAUGUAUGUAUAUACACACACAUAUACACACAUGAGCGAACAGGAUACAGAAUUCUAAAAAAAAAACUUACAUUCCAUGCAAAACACCUCAUUAGACUAUACAAUUUUAUUAAACUAUACAAUAAAAGCAAAAGACAAUACAUAAUUUUGCACCCAACACAACACAUUUUCUACACUCCAAAUGUCUUUAAACUUAUCCACCACCUUCACAGAUUAAAAAUAAUAAUACUAAUAAUGUCUUGCCCUUGCUUUUAUAUCCUUUAAAAAACAGUUUACCUUGUACUAAUAUACUACCAUUUUUGCAAGUUUAGCAAGCGUUUAACGUUUUGUUUUUACAAUAAUUAAAUCCAAAAAAAUAAGCAAUAAACAGUUCUCUCACAACGCAUGAAACUUAAAACUGUCUCUCGGUCAGUACAAAAAGGACGUAUCUUGCACAGUUGAGUUCAGGACUAAAAUAAAAGUUAACUGCUAUAAUAGCAUGCAACAUUUGCCACAAAAGAGAAAAAGAGACAGACGAAACUUGAAAUCCUUGAGAUAUUUUGUCUUCUGAGUGAGUUUUGCUCAAAGCUACGUUUCUCUUAAAAUACCUUUGAUAUAUUUUGUACUCGUUUAUAUAAUAAGAAAUAAAAUUUCACCGCUAAAGAAAAAGUGCACAGCAA